CACAUCUCAGAACUUUUGUUUAGUGUGUUGUGUGAGUUAGUUUCCGCCGCUGGGACAGAGGCGCCGGCCAGGCUGGGCCGGGCUCGGGGAAGUUACUGCUCGGUCGGGCUUGUUUUGCCAGUUGCUGCUGCCGGUUGAGUUUUCCGGCUGUGAGGGGCUGAGCAGCAGCAGCGGGGGAGGCCCGGCCUGGGCAGCGGGGUAUGCAGGGUGGGGAGCCCGGGCUCUGAGUCGCCGAGCCCCGGUACGGACGCGGAGCCAUGGAUCCCGGGCAGCCUCAGCAGCAAGCCCAGCCCCCGGCGCAGCAACAGGCGCCGCCGGGCGCCCCGUCCGGCGCGGGGCAAACCCCGGGCGCGGGGCCUCCUCCGGCCGGGCACCAGAUCGUGCAUGUGCGGGGCGACUCGGAGACCGACCUGGAGGCGCUUUUCAACGCGGUGAUGAACCCCAAGGGCGCCAAUGUGCCGCACACGCUGCCCAUGCGGCUCCGCAAGCUGCCCGACUCCUUCUUCAAGCCGCCCGAGCCCAAGGCCCACUCGCGCCAGGCCAGCACUGAUGCAGGGUCAGCAGGAGCCUUGACUCCUCAACAUGUCCGAGCUCAUUCUUCUCCAGCUUCGCUGCAGCUAGGAGCUGUCUCUCCAGGGACACUUACCCCCUCUGGAGUAGUGACUGGUCCCGGAGCUUCACCUUCUUCUCAGCAUCUCCGCCAGUCUUCAUUUGAGAUUCCUGAUGAUGUACCUCUGCCACCAGGUUGGGAGAUGGCUAAGACACCAUCUGGCCAGAGAUAUUUUCUGAAUCACAUUGAUCAAACAACAACAUGGCAGGACCCUAGGAAGGCGAUACUUUCACAGAUGAACGUUACAGCCCCCACCAGUCCUCCAGUGCAACAGAACAUAAUGAAUUCAGCAUCAGGCCCACUCCCUGAUGGAUGGGAACAAGCCAUGACCCAGGAUGGAGAAAUUUACUACAUAAACCAUAAGAACAAGACCACAUCUUGGCUAGACCCAAGGCUUGACCCACGCUUUGCUAUGAAUCAACGAAUCAGCCAAAGUGCUCCAGUGAAACAGCCACCCCCGCUGGCUCCUCAGAGUCCUCAAGGUGGAGUGAUGGGCGGGGGCAGCUCCAAUCAACAGCAGCAGAUGAGGCUGCAACAGCUGCAGAUGGAGAAAGAGAGACUGCGACUGAAGCAUCAAGAACUGCUUCGGCAGGUGAGGCCACAGGCAUUGCGGAAUAUCAGUCCCAGCACAGCAAAUUCUCCAAAACGUCAGGAGUUAGCUCUCCGUAGCCAACUUCCAACUAUGGAACAAGAUGGUGGCUCUCAAAAUCCAGUGUCAUCUCCCGGAAUGGCUCAAGACCUGAGAACAAUGACUACAAAUAGUUCCGAUCCCUUUCUUAACAGUGGGACAUAUCACUCCAGAGAUGAGAGCACAGACAGUGGCCUCAGCAUGAGCAGUUAUAGUGUACCCAGAACCCCUGAUGACUUCCUGAACAGCGUUGAUGAAAUGGAUACAGGUGAUAUCAGCCAAAGUAACAUACCUUCCCAUCAGAACCGUUUCCCAGAUUACCUUGAAGCCAUUCCAGGGACAAACGUGGACCUUGGGACACUGGAAGGAGAUGGGAUGAAUAUAGAAGGAGAGGAACUGAUGCCAAGUCUGCAGGAGGCUUUGAGUUCUGACAUCCUCAAUGACAUGGAAUCUGUAUUGGCAGCCACCAAACUAGAUAAAGAGAGUUUUCUUACUUGGUUAUAGAGGCCUCAGGGAGACUGCAUUGUAAAUCUGUGAAGGAUCUAAGGAGAUAAGACAUCUGUGCCUGAAGUUCAAAACAAGCCAAUGUGGCAUACUUUUGGUUUGUGGUCAGAAAAAAUAAACGAACAAAUAUUCAACAAGAUUCUUUCAUCCAACAUUUUGCUCUUCCUUGUCCAUCGCUGCUGUUAUAGAUUGCUGACCUCUCUCACAGUUGACUCUGAAGAAUAGACAUCUUUGUGAUCUUUUUCUAUUGCUGUUUCAACUACUGUUCAGUUGGGAGCAGGGGGAUGAUGAGCCUGUUUGGAUGACAAAUGCCAUUCCUUUUGUACUAAUAUGCGCUUGCAUAUCAUUUUAUCUAAGGACUCAGAUUUGUGAGUUAACAUCUGCAUGUCACCACUUGUAGUUUGCUCAGCUAGUUGUCUCCUCUGCUGCCUGUGGCAAGUGGUAAAACACAACUUACUGGUCUGAAAAGCCCAAAAAAGAUGUAUCUGGUCAAAAGAAGUCAAUACUGAUUUGCAGAUAUAGCUCAAAGGAGGGCUGAAGACUGUUUGACGUUAAGUGUUUAUUACUGCUAGCUCUUUCGGUAGGCAACAGAAUGUUCUUGUUUUUAUUUUAUGGUAUAGUAAAUCAUGAAUCAUUUUAUAUAGAAACUUAUAUCAACUUUUGAUUUUUACCACAUACUCUAGGAUAACUUUUGUCAGUCAAAAACUAGAGGAAUUUUUGUUUUGUUUUCUGUUUUGUUUUGUUAGUGAAUUUAAUUAUAGAUGUAGCUUGGGACGUAAUUGUAGGUGUUCUUUUUUAAUAGUGAAAUCUACAUUUUCUGAUUUCACAGUCUUAUUUAAGUCUCAAUUGUCUGCUUUUUUUAUAUAUCUAAAAUGUCUAUUUUAGCUAAAUAACUAGUGAGUACAUAUGGUUUUAUGUUUUGCCCGUAACUUUUAUUUUUAAAGGCUAGCUUUGAAUGUAAUCAUUAGAAUAAAUGACCAGUGGCUUAUUUUUCAUGUCUGCUUGCAAGAAUUUGAAACUAGAAUCUGGUUGCAGCACUUUGAGAAUGAAGUGUCCUAUCUAAGCUUUUAUAAUGCCUUUUAAAGUAGCGGGAAACCAUACACUACAUGUUUUUAAUUGACUGUUACAAGUAAUUUCUUGGGGUUAGGUUUUAAUUUUGAUUAAAUCAGUGAGUUUAGAUUGUGAAGUCCAUGAUGGGAGACAACUUAAUGAAAAGUCUUUCCUUAAUUUGCAUGGAAAAAUAAUCUAAAUUAUCAUCUCACUUUCUACUGUAAUGAAAACACUAAAAAAGAAAAAAAAAUGAAGACUGUCCUAAACAAAAUAAGUAUUUAGUUCUGUGUGGUGAAAUAUAAGCCCUGGACACUAUGUGUAGAAGACUGUAAAGAUAUGUGUUAGAUGGUGACAUGAGCAGGUAAUGAAGUGUAUAUUAGUAGAGUUUAGUGCAGGGGUAGAGAUGAAUAUGACUUACCUAUAUUUUAACAGGAAAAGAUGUAACACUAAAACAUCUGCAGGAGUUGACACAGUUUCCAAAGAGUAUUUUUAAAUGAACAAAAUGAGCAUGAAUCAAACUUUCAGUAUAAGCUAUGAAGUAAUUUUUUGAUGAUUAAUAGUGGCACCAGCUAGCACCUCUGUAAUUAAGGGUUUGAGGGUCUGUCAGCAUUCACAUUAUAAGUCCUUAUUUUCAAGGGUUUAUAACUGGACCAUAAAAAGACUUUAGGUAUGAAACUUGGUAUGAAAAGUCUCAACCUGAAAGGAAUUUUUUUAAAGAAAUUGUUUUAAAGGGCUUGAUUAUUUUUUAAGAUAUAGGAGUAAAUUAAAAAAAAAACAAGAAUUGUCUUUCAGUUCUUCUGUACUCCAAAAACUUAAAACGGCUGUAUUUUAUAUUAAUUUGUAGACUAUUAACCUAGAAGGACUCUUUGGUCCUGGAGUUUUAAAAAUUGCUUUAAAAAUUAAAGCAGCAGAAAUUGAGAUGUGAAAAAUUGCCACUAAGUACUUACAUUUGCUAUUUCUCAUGAGGAUUUUGGUACUCAGAAAUUACAAAAGCAUAUGUAGAUUGUUGCAGAGUAUGGUUUUUAAAGUGUUGAUUCUCACUGAGGCAUCUUAACAGCAGUUACGUUCUACUACACCAAUAGUCCACGGAUUAGUAGGCCACUUACAUGCGCAAUGACAGAAACAGCCCUUGAAACGGUAAAUUGUGUCCAUAGCAGGGAUUAUAGGAGCAUCUCACAGUCCCAUUAAGAGUUCUUCCCUCUUUCCUUCCACCACUUAACAGAAGAUAUUUUAAAAGACACUACAUUGUUUAAAAUAAAUUGAAUGGUCUGAUAUAAAACCACAAAAGCAAGGAAAUUCAAAGUUUUGAUGAGCAUAGGUCAAGGUUUUUUUUCCCUUGCUUUUAUGUGUUUCUCAUAGCUUUAAUGUUGGAAUGUUUUCUUAUUGUAAAAACUCUAAAUAGCUUAUACUAUAUUUGGAUAGCACUGCUGGGGUAGGUACUGACAAACUGGGAAUUCUUGAAUUGCUGUGACAGUAAACCUGUUUUGUGAUUCUUUAAUCAACUUUAAGACAUUUCCGUUCUCUUUCAUAGGGAAUGUACCUUUAAAGAUGCUGUACUGUUGGCAAUUGAAAUUGAUUUGGAUUUUAUUCUGCAAAAGCAGAAGUGAUGAAGUGGUUAAAAUUUGUUUGACGUACAAGAGUGUUUUGGGUAGUAUUUUUUACUGAUUGAUGUAUAUAUUUAAACAACAAAAAUCAUUGUCCUAAUGUUAUAGUUUCCAGAUUUAAAUAUACUGUGUUCAGAAUACAGAGGAGGCAUGUUAACUCUACUGUGCUUUAGCAGUAUCAUGGCAGACAAAUGCUUUGGAAUAGGCAACAGUGUCAGUAAAUCACAUGGAUCAAAAAUUGUACCAAUCAGUGUUGGAACUGAAGCAAUGCAAAAGAAAAAGAGACAAUUUCAACAUGAUUAACACUUUACAUAGCUUUUGCACAUCUGGUGAAUUAGUACUAAAGUGACUUUUCACUUGCAAGCAUGGUUUUAUACAAAUAGCCAGUGUGCCUGUCUAAAAUAAUGACUUGUUUUUCUGUAUCUUGAAAAAGUACUCUCCACAUUUUAAAUGUUCUAUGUUAGAGAACUCUUGAAUGCACCCUUGUCAAAAAUAUAUAUAUAGUUAUCAAUGUUACUUUUUAGAUGUAAGAGCAUGCCUGUUAGGUACCUAAGUACAUUCUGUUACAUUAUUUUUCUUUAUGUAAUACUUUUUCAGUUGUUUUAUGUGAUAUAAAUAUAUACUUUGUGCUUAAAA